CACGAAUUUAAGUGUAUUUAUCAACAAAGUUUCAAAGGACAUACAAAUAAUAACCCGAAUGUUUUUGAGAAUUUGGGAAUUGAUUUUAAAUGCUUAGACAUGACACUGACUCUUAAGAAUGAGACCUAUGCGACGGAUUCAGCAAUGUUCUGAGUUGGGAAACUUUCAAACUACAGUAUAUAUUCCGUUACAAUUCUUUUUAAAUUAUUGUGAAGAAAUUUUUACAAUACCACGAGAAUAUAUUCUUGAAAGGAUAAAAAUUACUGAUCAAGUUUUAGAAGACAUGGACGAAAAUUCUAGUGUUCGUAAAGUAUUUCUAACUCAAGCGGAAAACGAUCCUUGGUCAGCCACAAAAGUAAGAAAUCACAAUCGAACCUACUACUUGAAAGAUGCAUUUCACUGCGAGGAUCUGAAAGCGUGUAAUAAGAAUAAUAAACCCUCUAUACAAAAGUUGAAGAGAGAUAUUUAUUGGGAAGUUCAAAAGUUACAAGUUAAGAACUAGAAUUCGGAAAUAAUAAAUAGGGUUUUCAAGAAAUCCAUAGAUUCAGCAAAAAAAGUUAAUA